AUGACUCGUUCGUUGCGCAAAUCUCCGUUGAAGAAAAAUCUCUACAAGCAGUACAGUGACUAUAGUCUUCAGUUGAAUCGCUGGUUCCUAAAGCCAAUCGGCAUCUGGCCCACCUCGACUAGGAAGGAAAAGAUGCUAUCGCGCGGUAUCCAAUUCACCUGUUAUUCACUGAUAACCUUUGUAGUAGUACCUUCCGUAUUGUAUAUCUUCUUCGAGGAUGAAGAUGUCGACAUCCGCGUGAAGGCCAUCGGACCUGUUAGCCAUUGGUUUAUGGGCGCGAUGAAUUACCUGUCACUGUUGCUGCGUGGCGAUGAGAUACGUCGGUGUAUUGAACACAUGGAGCUCGACUGGCAGCUAGUGAACAGAGUGAAGGAUCGAGAGGUGAUGUUAAGGAACGCUAAGUUCGGCCGCUUCAUCGCCGGUUUCUGCGCCGUCUUCAUGCACUGCGGUGUGUUCUCGUACAGCAUGAUGAAGAGCAUGUCGCUGCUGGUCAUUGUGAUUGGCAAUCAAACCAUUAUGAUACCUCGAUUACCGUGUCCAUUCUACAGUAACUUCCUCGACACGACGGUCACUUUGACAAAUCAGAUCGUGCUCAUGAUACAGUUCUUAUCGGGCUUCAUAGUCAAUUCGGUCACGGUAGGCGCGUGCAGCCUGGCUGCGGUUUUUGCGAUGCACGCCUGCGGACAAUUCAGUGUGUUAUUUCUGUGGUUGAACGAGUUAGUCGGCGACGAUACGGAGGAAAAAGACAAAUUGGUCAAGUAUAAACUGGCUAAUAUCGUGCAGCAUCAUUUGCGUGUACUAAGUUUUGUAUCUUGCAUUGAACAAGUCAUGUAUCAGAUAUGUCUUGUUCAAUUGGUCGGCUGCACGCUUGACAUGUGUAUGAUUGGCUAUUAUUCCCUCACGGAAUGGGAUACAGAAGAUACCAAAAACCUAGUAACAUACGGAAUUUUAUUCGUGUCGGUGACAUUUAACAUUUUCAUAUUUUGCUACAUCGGUGAACUUCUCAGUGAACAGUGUAACAAAGUCGGCGAAACGGCCUAUUUAAUUGAAUGGUACCGUUUACCUCAGAAGACUGCUCUUAGUCUGGUUUUAAUCAUUUCAAGAUCUAGCGCUGUAAUUAAGAUGACUGCUGGAAAACUGAUUGAAUUAUCAUUAGCGACGUUUGGAGACGUAAUUAAAACAUCCCUUGCGUAUUUAAAUAUGCUUCGCACUAUUUCUCUGUAA